AUGAAUGCGCAACCCAAGUCGGGCGUGGCAUUGGCCGCCCGCUACACCAUACCUUUUGUUCUGCUGUUGAUCCCCUUUUGGAUGACGAGGAUCAAUGCCGUCGUUCCCGAACCGUAUCUGGAUGAGGCCUUCCAUGUCCCCCAGGCUCAGGCCUACUGGGCUCAUAAGUGGACGCAUUGGGAUCCCAAGAUCACCACUCCCCCGGGACUUUAUCUUUGGUCCUAUGUGCUGUGCGCGAUCGCGCUCUUCCUGCGCGGUUCCCCAACGCAGCUUACACCGGAAGCUUUGCGUGCGACCAACGUGGCAGCCACCGCCGUGGCUCUGCCGUUGCGAUUGCAGACGUUGUUGGAUCGGCUGCGCAAGGUACGCAACACGCGUCCCUCUGGAGCAUGGCUAAGCCAUACCGUUCUGAACAUCUGCCUGUUCCCACCGCUGUUCUUCUUCUCCGGCCUAUACUAUACCGAUAUUCUUGCGCUGCUGGUGGUCAUUGAGGCGUACAACUGGGACCUGAAACGCUCGUCGCAGGGUGGCUUUGCCCCGCUUCAGACUUUGGUGUUUGUCGUGCUGGGGCUGGUGGCGCUGGUCUUCAGACAGACGAACAUCUUCUGGGUGGCGAUCUUCCUGGGUGGGCUGCAGGUCGUGCGGCGGUUGCGGUUGUCUUCUAAGAGAUGCGAGGCGUCGGGAUUCGCGGAUAUUGCUCAGGCAGGGUGGAAGAACGAGCUGUAUGAUCCGUUUGUGUCGGAAGCUUCAAUUGGAGACUACUUCAAAGCGUCUGUUUCGCUGGUGGUUGUUGCCGUGAACAACCUCGGCACGGUGAUUAGCUCUGCUCUUCCGUACUUGCUUAUACUUGCUGGGUUUGGAGGGUUCGUGCUGUGGAAUGAUGGGGUCGUUCUUGGACACAAGGAGUACCAUACUGCUGGGCUGCAUCUGCCCCAGAUGCUCUACAUCUGGCCCUACUUCGUCUUCUUCUCAUGGCCUCUCCUCCUGUCGCCGGUCGCCAACCUGGUUCUUCCGAAGUCGCUUCUGCCCAAGUUUAUCGACUUUGGCUUCCCGAAGAAGCAAAAGGGCCUUCCUAAGCUGUUGACGGCUCUUGUUGUUAUUCCCAUCAUGCUGGCUGUGGUCCACUUCAACACCAUCGUCCAUCCCUUUACCCUGGCCGACAACCGUCACUAUGUCUUUUACGUCUUCCGCAUCCUUCUGCGCAUUCACCCGGCUAUCAAGUAUGCUGCUGUCGCAGUGUACUUCCUCUGCGCGUGGAUGGUCAUUUCCGCCUUUGGAUUCUCAACGACUACCACGCCUCCCCAGUUGAUGCGUGUCCCGCAGACAGCAGCCCCUCAGCCUGAGCCAGUGCCGCAGAAAGAACCCAGCCAGAAGAAGGCCGAGCGUCGAAAGGCAGCUAAGAAACCCGCACAGCCGCCCAAGCCGGAGCCGAUCUCUUUUGAGGCGUACGCCAGGAUCCAGGAGCACAUUGCGCACCGGCAGAAGCAGCACCAGGGCGCGCCGCAGCCGACGCCCCUCGUGCACCGUCAGCGGGCGCGCGAUGCGACUGAGGAGCUCAACGCGAAGGUUGCCACGAACAUGGCGCUGUUCCUGGAGACGUAUUGGUUCUUGGUGAUCAAUGCGGUGACGGGAUACAUCUUCCUGUACUGCGGGUUCGAAUGGCCCCAGGAACCGGGGAAGAUUCAGCGCUUCAUGUGGUAG